AAACGCUUGCUCAUUGGCAAAGGGGCAGACUGAAGCGUAUUACGAAGAGGAAUAACAGCCAAAGGAGACAAAAACAUUCCAGUGCGAAUGCAUUAUACGCCGUAUUCGUCAUUCGUUAAAUAUUCGAACUGAUUAUCAAUGCGCAUCAGUUUUGUAUUGAUUUAAUCUAAACUUAAGAAAAACUGACUCAGGAAUGCCAUCGGCGGAACCACCAGUGAAACAAGGGGACCAAAAUCAAUCCUCGUCGGAACCAGCAGCGGAAGUGCAUGCAAAUUGUAAUCUCAGUGGCCAGAGCCUGACGGGCGUGAACGGUGCUUCCGGUCACCACCAUGGCCAACAAUCGGCUCUCGAUCCAGAUCGUCAACUCAUUCCGGCGGAUCGUAUUGAACACGUCGAGGAUUCCGCGGCGCCCAUCGAAUUACCCACGGUGCGGGAAUUUACCCAAAACGAUAAAAUCAACAAGUUUCUGCUGAACUCCUUCCUGCAACGGAUUAACGAGACGGACCUGACACAGUUCCAAGAUGUUGACGAGCAGGUUGAACCCGAGCAGGAUUUUGAGGCGUGAAUUUUUUGCUAACAUAACAUGAUUAAAAUAUUCCAAUUUUA